CCCGGCAGGCCUUGCGAGCUCUCCGCCGGCGCCAGUACCAUAGAGAGAAAGCGGGCUGCGUUCCUGGUGAGCUCGAGCCUCGCGCGGCUGGGAAGGGAGCCGGGCUUGUCUGGCCGGCGGAGGACUCGACUCACAGAGCUAAUUUGAAAGAAGAGUGAAGACCUCUAAAAAGUCGUUUGGAAACAUCUCUAAAUAUUUGUAACUGUGAAUAAGCAUCUAAAGACGAAUUAAUCCUCAACAAAACUAACUGAAUCACUGAAGCAGGUUUAUGUGUGUGUCAUCAGUUCUAUCCGGAAGGUGAAGAAUCUUCCUUUGAAUUUAAGGAUUGUGUGCCUUUAAAGAGAGGAUGACUUUUCAAUUUAAUUUUACUAUAGAAAAUCAUCUGGGAAAUGAAUCAACACCCCUUGGAGAUGGAGCUUUGGCCCUGGAUUCCUCCAAAGGGUCUUCAGUCUCAGAAAGUAAAAAAGGUAAACAUAGGGACAAAAAAUAUUCUACAGAACAAUUUGACUGGCCUCAGGAUCAUUCGUUGGAACAUAAGCCAGUGGGAAAUGCAGCAUCCUCUCAAAACACAGACAGCUCACUCAGUGCAGGAAACAGCUCAAGUAACCUGGAGCCACAUGAAACACAGCCCUCCAUGAGUGUUGCCAAAGAGCAUCCUAUGCCUAAAGAUUUAAAGAAAGUGUUAGAAAACAAAGUCGUAGGAACAUUACCAGGUCCCCAUGUUAUUGUAGCAGUAGUGAAAACCGUCUUGUUGAAAGAGAACUUCCCGGGAGAAAACAUAGUUUCACAAAGCAUUUCUUCUCACUCUGAUCUGAUUACAGGUGUUUAUGAAGGAGGCUUAAAAAUUUGGGAAUGUACCUUUGACCUGCUGGCUUAUUUCACAAAGGCCAAGGUGAAAUUUGCUGGGAAAAAAGUGUUGGAUCUUGGCUGUGGAUCAGGGUUGCUGGGUAUAGUUGCAUUCAAGGGAGGGGCCAAAGAAAUUCAUUUUCAGGAUUAUAAUAGUAUGGUGAUUGAUGAAGUAACCUUACCUAAUGUAGUGGCUAACUCGAUGUUGGAAGAUGAGGGAAAUGACGUAAAUGAACCCGAUGUGAAAAGAUGCAGGAAAUCAAACGUAGCACAAGAAUUAUGUAAAUGCCGGUUCUUUUCAGGGGAGUGGUCUGAGUUUUGUAAGCUUGUACUAAGUGGUGAGAAAUUCUUUGGAAAAUAUGAUCUCAUUCUCACCUCAGAAACCAUUUACAAUCCAGAUUAUUACAGUACUUUGCACCAGACAUUCCUUAGAUUGUUAGAUAAGAAUGGACGGGUGCUUUUAGCCAGCAAAGCACAUUAUUUUGGUGUAGGUGGAGGUAUUCAUCUCUUUCAGAAAUUUGUAGAAGAAAGAAAUGUGUUUGAGACUAGAACACUCGAAAUAAUUGAUGAAGGACUAAAGAGAUUCCUAAUUGAAAUGACUUUUAAGUAACCGAGUUAUUGUCCACUGAGUGUCCUAAGUGAAAUAAACAGAAUAACCAAAAACUUGUUUUGAAUGUUUGACUUCUGCUUUGCUAUUAUUUUUUAAAUUAUGAUUUUUGUUUGUUUAUCCAAACAAUAUACCAGCUAUAUUAAUAACCUUGUACUUGCUAGGGGAGACUGAAUAAAUAUUAUCCUGAGCAUUUCGUGAGAUCUAGGAGAUUA